AUUGUUUUUGAAUAAAAACGCAAAAGAACAAAACAGAGAUUGGAGCUUCAGAGCUGUCUAUAUCUUAUUCUCGUGAGGUAUUAAUCGCUAGUUAAUGUCAGUUUGUUUACUUUGAGCAGAAGUUAAACUGCAUGAACAUGGAGAAUAACGUUGCGGAGGAGGAACACACCACAUGUGGCAGCAUGAGGAAAUGCUGGGCUACGUUCAUGCGGAAUAUAUUUCUGGUUUCAAGUCUAGCAGCUGUUGCCCUGGGUAUUGCCCUGGGCUAUCUUCUCAGGAUAUUUUUCCAGAUGUCCGAACUUGACCAAGUCUUCCUCAGCAUGCCGGGAGAAUUACUUAUGCACAUGCUUCAGAUUGUUACCGUUCCUCUCAUUGUUACAAGUGUAGUAACAGGUGUUUCUGGCCUGAGCGCAGAAAUUUCCAGAAAUGUGGCUCUGCGUGCAGCAGGAUACUUCGUCUCAACCACUCUUCUGUCUGUGACUACAGGGUUGAUACUGGUUAAGCUGAUCCAACCAGGAGAAGCGUAUGCUGUUAAAUCACACGAUGCAGAAGAUGAGGAGUCCUUCUCCACAGUGGAUGCCUUGAUGGAUCUCGUACGGAACAUGAUCCCACAAAACCUGAUUCAGGCUUGCCUCCAACAGUACAAGACUGAGAGGUUGACGUUUGAAGACCUGGAGAUGAAUGAAACAUCAGUGCGACUGGUGGGGCGAUAUGUUGAAGGAGCAAACGUACUGGGACUGAUUGUCUGGUCUUUUAUUUUUGGCCUGAUAUUCAACAGGAUGGGAGAAGAGGCGAAAGUCAUUGUAGAGGCCCUGACUGCUAUCAAUGACCUCACAAAGCGUUUGGUCAAAUUAAUACUGUGCUACUUGCCAGUUGGAGUGCUGUUCAUGAUUUCAACCCAUGUGGUUGAGGUUCACGACUGGGAAACUACUGCCAAACUGGGAAUGUUCAUAGUAGUGGUUCUUCUUGGGCUCUUAAUCCACGGGGCGAUCGUUUUACCACUGAUCUAUUUCCUGUGUACGAGACGUAACCCCCUUGAUGUUAUCAGGGGGGUUUCUCCUGCCUUACUGACCGCACUGGUCAUCUCGUCCAGCUCUGCCACGCUACCACUCACUUUCCAAUGUUGCGAGGAGCGACUCAAGAUCGACAAAAGAGUCACUCGCUUCAUGCUGCCCAUUGGGACCAACAUCAACAUGGAUGGGACUGCUCUUUACGAAGUGGUUGCAGCAGUUUUCAUUGCCCAACUCAACCACAUCCCUCUGGACAUCAGCCAGUUGGUUACCAUUGCUGUGACAACAGCCGUGUCCAGCAUCGGAGCAGCAGGGAUACCAGCUACUGGAGCAGUGACCACUCUAUUCGUUUUGACGGCAGUUGGUUUACCUGGAAAGGACGCCGCCAUUCUGGUGGUUGUAGAAUGGAUCCUAGAUCGCUGCAACACUGUAAUCAAUGUGAUGGGAGACUGCAUUGGUGUGGCACUUGUUCAACAGGUCUCAGAACAUGAACUGCGAGAGACGCAAGAAGAGGAAAUGACAAGUGCUGCUGAGGGCACAACCUCAGAUGGGAUCCAGGUCAACCUCAGCAGUGAGACCUCUGAUAACACCAUGUACACCGCAAGAGAAUACCCAUCAUACGAAGAUCAGACUGGUACAGAGGAGAGCCCUCAGGACAAAGACUUUGGUGUCGAGAUCAGGAGCACCCCACCAGAUGUGGCGAACAUCAUAUGAAAGCUAAGGAUAUGAGGAUAUGUCAAACUGUUCUUUUCAUAAAUCUCUAAUAAAAUGACUUAAGUAAUCAAUUAA